AUGGCCGACCGCAAUCCCGAAUUGCAGGAAAAGCUUGGCGAGUUGGAGCGGGAGCUCGAGGAAGGCGAUAUCACAGCUAAGGGAUACCAGAAACGACGGACGCAGUUAUUAUCCCAGUAUCUUGGCCCCGGAACCUUCGUUCCUCCAGAAGCUCGCGGACCCCUCCGCAUACAUUCGGCAGACGAUGCUUCUCAGUCCGGCAAUGAUGGCCAUCGUGCUGCCACCCUAGCUGCCCUCAACUCUUCGAAUUCGGACAAUCAACCCCACUCUCCGACGAGCGUAUCCUCGCCCACGACCGGCCGGCCUCAGUCUCCAUUUGGGAUGCCAUCAGAACAACCGCAUCCCGCAAGCUUACUAGCCCCGGGCGGAUCUUUCGCUGAUCAGAGGCCAGUCAUCAGGCCUCGUGAUUCACUCUUCCUCGCCCCUGGGCCGAACCAAGGCACCAUGGCCGAACCAGCCCGGACGGGUACGAUGGUCUCGACCGACUAUGCCUUCAAUCCGGAACAUCAGGCAGGAUACGGCGAUUCGCAAUAUAUGCAGUACGAGGGCCAGAGCCGCUCGGGUACUCUACUAGACUCUCAAGGGUUUUUCUUGGAUUUUGCUGGCCAGCAAUCCUAUGACCAGGCCAACCCGGGCGAGUACGGUGGCCCUCAAAGGUACUCGACGGGCGACGCAUUCUCGCCCACCGCUGCCAUGGCGCCGCCGAUGUUGACUGCCAAUGAUUUGCCACCCCCGGACGCCUUAGAGUAUCAGAUGCCUCUCGACCCUCGGGAGCUUCCUUUUGCCAUUCACGAUCCCCACGACUCCAAUACCCCCAUGUCAAAGUUUGACAAUAUAGCCGCGGUGUUACGACACCGUGGACGUACGACGGCCAAGCUACCGGCGUAUUGGGUAUUGGAUAGUAGAGGCAAGGAGAUUGCCUCAAUAACUUGGGAAAAACUGGCUUCCCGUGCCGAGAAAGUUGCACAGGUGAUUCGUGACAAGAGCUCGCUGUACCGCGGAGACCGCGUGGCACUCAUCUACCGCGACACCGAGAUAAUCGAGUUUGCUAUUGCGCUCCUAGGCUGUUUUAUUGCAGGCGUCGUGGCGGUUCCGAUAAACGAAUUCCAGGAUCAUCAGAAGCUUAAUUUGAUCCUAACGUCCACGCAGGCGCAUCUGGCGCUGACCACCGAAAACAACCUCAAAGCCUUUCAGCGCGACAUCACGACCCAGAAAUUAACCUGGCCCAAGGGGGUUGAAUGGUGGAAGACCAACGAGUUUGGAAGCUACCAUCCCAAGAAGAAGGACGAUGUUCCUCCUCUUUCGCUUCCAGAUCUAGCCUAUAUCGAAUUCUCCCGCUCCCCGACUGGAGAUUUCAGGGGGGUUGUGUUAAGUCACCGGACCAUCAUGCACCAGAUGGCUUGCCUAAGCGCCAUUGUCUCGACGGUACCUGGGAAUGGACCAGCGGACACAUUCAGCACCUCGCUAAGAGACAAGAACGGCAGGCUGAUCGGAGGUGGCGCCAGCAGCGAGAUCCUCCUUUCAUAUCUGGAUCCGAGGCAGGGGAUUGGCAUGAUUCUCGGCGUGCUGUUGACAGUAUAUGGUGGGCACACUAUGGUGUGGCUAGAGAACAAGGCUGUUGAUGUCCCUGGCCUUUACGCUCAUCUUAUCACCAAGUAUAAGGCCACCCUUAUGAUUGCAGAUUAUCCAGGCCUCAGGCGUGCCGUAUACAACUAUCAGCAGGAUCCUAUGACGACGAGAAACUACAAAAAAGGCAUGGAGCCAAAUUUUCAGACAGUGAAGCUGUGUUUGAUCGACACAUUGACGGUAGAUGGCGAGUUUCACGAGUUGCUCGCUGACAGGUGGCUCAGGCCAUUGAGAAACACGCGUGCUAGAGAAGUGGUUGCCCCCAUGCUAUGCUUGCCUGAACAUGGCGGUAUGGUCAUCAGUGUGCGGGAUUGGUUGGGAGGGGAAGAGCGCAUGGGCUGUCCGUUGAAACUCGACAUGGGAGAAGAGAGUGACAGAGAUUCCGAAGACGAGAAGGAGAAGGAAAAGGACGACAAGCCAGCUCCGUCAAACGGUUUUGGCAGUUUGUUAGGGGGCGGGACAACGAGCACAACCGAACAGCGCGCUAAGAACGAGCUGAGCGAGGUUCUUUUGGACAGAGAGGCCUUGAAAAACAACGAGGUCGUCAUUGUCGCCAUUGGUGAGGAGGCUCGCAAGAAGGCAGGUAACGACCCCAAUACUGUCCGGGUCGGAGCAUUUGGAUACCCGAUCCCGGAUGCCACUUUGGCUGUCGUCGAACCGGAUACGGGCUUGUUGGCGUCGCCUCACGCUAUAGGUGAGAUCUGGGUCGACUCCCCAUCGCUGUCUGGUGGCUUUUGGGCUUUGCCGAAGCACACUGAGCAGAUUUUCCAUGCGCGCCCGUAUAAGUUUGAGCCUGGCGACCCCACACCCACCAUGAUUGAGCCCGAAUUUCUGCGCACGGGUCUGUUGGGAACUGUCAUUGAGGGCAAGGUUUUCGUCCUCGGGCUGUACGAGGAUCGCAUUCGGCAGAAAGUAGAAUGGGUCGAACACGGCAACGAGAUUGCCGUUGAGCACCGGUACUUCUUUGUCCAGCACAUCAUUGUCAGCAUCAUGCGCAAUGUGCCCAAGAUCUAUGCCUGCUCGGCUUUUGACGUCUUUGUGAACGAAGAGCAUCUCCCAGUGGUUGUACUCGAGUCCGCGGCAGCGUCUACGGCGCCGGCUACGGCUGGCGGUCCGCCACGACAGAUAGACAAGGCGCUCCUCGACUCGCUGGCGGAACGGUGCAUGGACGUGCUGCUACAAGAGCAUCACCUGAGGGUCUAUUGCGUGUUGACGACCGCUCCAAAUUCACUCCCUCGCGUGAUGAAGAACGGUCGCAGAGAAAUUGGCAACAUGCUUUGUCGCAGAGACUUUGACUCCGGUCAGCUCCCGUCGGCUCAUGUCAAGUUUGGGGUUGAACAUGCAGUCCUCAACCUCCCUAUUGGAGUUGAUCCUAUAGGUGGAAUCUGGUCACAUCUCGCCUCAAUGGCUCGACAAGAUCUCCUGAUGCACAACGACAAACAAUACUCCGGAAUCGACCGCAGAGAAGUGGUUAUUGAUGAUCGAACCUCUACACCCCUUAACAACUUUUCAUGCAUCACUGAUCUUAUUCAGUGGCGAGUCGCCCGUCAGGGCGACGAGCUGUCAUAUUGCACUGUCGAUGGUCGCGGCAAAGAGGGCAAGGGCGUCACAUGGAGGAAGUUCGAUACCAAGGUGGCUUCCGUGGCUAUGUAUCUGAAGAACAAGGUCAAGAUCCGGGCGGGUGACCACGUGGUGCUAAUGUACACGCAUUCUGAGGAUUUUGUCUUUUCGGUGCACGCCUGCGUCAAUCUGGGUGCCAUCGUCAUACCAAUACCCCCGAUGGACCAGAACAGGUUACCCGAGGAUGUUCCUGCUUUUCUGCACCUGGUCAAUGACUACGGUGUCAAGGCCGUUCUUGUCAACCAAGACGUCGAUCAUCUCCUCAAGAUGAAGCCAGUUUCGCAGCAUAUAAAACAAUCUGCACAGGUCCUGCGGGUGACAGUCCCCGGCAUUUACAACACAUCACGCCCACCGAAGCAGAAUAGUGGGCUGAGAGAGCUUGGAAUCACCAUGGAUCCCACUUGGGUGCAGCCCGGUUAUCCUGUCAUUAUCUGGACGUAUUGGACACCAGAUCAGCGUCGAUUGGCUGUCCAGCUGGGCCAUGAUACGAUCAUGGGGAUGUGCAAGGUACAGAAAGAAACUUGUCAAAUGACGAGCUCUAGGCCUGUCCUAGGCUGUGUCAGAAGUACCACGGGCUUGGGUUUCAUCCACACGUGCUUGAUGGGCAUAUACAUUGGAACUCCCACCUACCUGCUGUCGCCAGUCGAGUUUGCCCAAAACCCAAUCUCGCUGUUCCACAUUCUCUCGAGAUACAAGAUCAAGGACACAUAUGCGACGCCACAGAUGCUGGACCAUGCGAUUGCAACUAUGCCAGCAAAAGGUUUUGCACUCCAUGAGCUGAAGAACAUGAUGAUAUCUUCAGACGGGCGUCCCCGUGCCGAUGUCUUCCAGAAAGUGAGGCUACAUUUCGCCGCAGUCAGCCUUGAUCGCACCGCCAUCAACACAGUGUACUCGCAUGUGCUCAACCCUAUGAUUGCUUCACGGUCAUACAUGUGUAUCGAGCCCAUUGAGCUCUGGCUUGACACAAGAGCACUCAGACGCGGUCUUAUCAUACCCACAGAUCCGGAGGCCGACCCGAGAGCGCUACUGGUCCAAGACUCAGGAAUGGUGCCGGUAUCGACGCAGAUAGCCAUCGUCAAUCCGGAAAGCCGCUUACUCUGCAAUGAUGGUGAGUAUGGUGAAAUUUGGGUCGAUUCAGAGGCUUGUGUAAAGUCAUUCUAUGGAUCCAAGGAUGCAUUCGACGCCGAACGCUUUGAUGGUAGGACUCUGGAUGGGGACCCAGGCAUCCGCUACGUGAGGACGGGCGAUUUGGGCUUUCUUUACAACGUCAGCAGACCUAUUGGACCUGGCGGUGCCCAGGUUGAUAUGCAGGUUCUCUUCGUGCUUGGAAACAUUGGAGAGACAUUUGAAAUCAAUGGGUUGAGUCACUUUCCUAUGGACAUCGAAAAUACCGUUGAGCGCUGCCACCGCGCAAUUGUUCCCCAAGGCUGUGCCGUAUUUCAAGCCGGAGGCCUCGUUGUGGUCCUUGUAGAGGUUGCCAGGAAGUCAUUCCUUACCUCGCUCGUCCCGGUCAUCGUGAACUCAAUCCUAAAUGAGCACCAAAUCGUCGUUGACAUUGUCGCCUUUGUUACCCGUGGGGCUUUCCCCCGUUCUCGUCUUGGCGAGAAGCAACGCGGCAAGAUUCUCGCAGGCUGGGUCUCGAGGAAAAUGGCUACAAUCGCUCAGUGGGCUAUCCGCGACAUGGAUGCAGGCGCUCUCCAGGAUCCGGGUCCAGUUGACCACUCGCCAGCCGCUAACGCUGCCACAGCAGAGCUCAACCGUGCAAGUAUAGGCAGUCAUCGGUCAUCUGGUGGCGGCACUGCUCUACCCGGGGGCACAUCCAGCCUCAGAAAUGUAGAGGCAGCGCCACAGAUCCUGGAGCAGCGCGAGCUGGAGCACCGAAUGGACAGCGAAAGGGGCUCCGCCGGCGCGGGCUUCUCAUCUAAGACUCAUGUGAGCGAGUUGCCUGCGAACUCAACAUCUGGGAACGGCUAUGGUUACGCCGUGAGCGAGAACCGCAGUUCAGGGGUGCCGUUAUCGGAAACAUCACCGAGCAAAGCGCGUGGCGAUAGUCGUGGCAAUGGCUACGAUAUCCCCAAUAUAGGUUCUCUCGAUCUGGGCGACUCAGAAUCGCCCAUGAGGCAGACGCAGGAUGGCGCAGCCACCUCGUCGCAGCUACGGCUUUCCGGUGUGGAUGGACGUGAUCCACUUGACAAUGACGAUGAUUGGCGCAACGACGCCAUCAUGCAUAUGAACUUGGCAAGUAACCUGCAGAGGAGGGACGGAUAG